AGCUGUGCACCAAGCUGCGCGGAGGAAUGCGACUUCGAUAAAAGCAGGAAGUGAGGAGACUCUGAGAGAGACGGAGUCGGCGAUUGAGGCUGUUGCUGUUCGAGAAGUUAAAGAAGGCGAACGUGCAAGCAACAGUUUGGUGAGGAAGACUUUCCUAAUAUGGAGCGAAGAGCUGAAGAAGGCAUGGCAACAGGAGACCCAGACAAGGUCCAAACCCUCCAGAGCCAGGUUGAAGGGGUCAAGAACAUCAUGACCCAGAAUGUAGACCGCAUUUUGGCUCGUGGAGAGAAGCUGGAUGAUCUGAUGAACAAGACAGAGGACCUGCAAUCUAGUUCUAAUACCUUCAGGAAAUCGGCUGAGAAAGUAUCACGCAAAUACUGGUGGAAGAAUGUCAAGAUGAUUGUGCUGAUCUGUGUAAUUGUGGCCAUCAUCCUCAUAUUGAUCAUCCUUUUCGCAACAGGUGUCAUCCACACUUAGAAAUCCAAAGAGACUCUAUUCCAGAAGCUUGUGUAUUUGAACUUCUACCUCUUUGAACCUGAAGAUCCAUCUCCUGUACUAUGCUCUCCUCCAUUUGUAAAUCUGGCUACCUACUGUUUUCCCAUGUCCCAAGUUGGUGGCUCACUUUCACACAAAAUGCUUAGCUGCUCUCUGCUGUACAUUUAGAGGCUUUGACUUUUAUUCCAUCAUUAAGGUACAUCACUUGAUUGAUAUUCUGCUCCACUGAGUUUCAGUGGUUGAGUUGUGUAUUACAUGGACAUGGGGCUCAAGAGCCUUGAAAUGAAUGCUACCUUAUUUAAACAGCUCUUCUUCCUAUUGCUAGCUUUCCAUCUGCAGUGUUUCACAAACUUAAUUUCCGCUUGUUUUAAAGAUUUUUCAUUUAAAUGAAGGUUGCACUGUUUAUUAUUUCCCUCUCAUCCAUUUGUAAUGUGGUAUACCGCAAUAUUAAACUAUAUUUAGUACACUGAGAUGCCCUAAGUUAACACUUUCAAAAUGAUACACGCCAACAGGGAAGCUGUAUGACUAUUGUGGGUGCUCCCAUGGUGUUCACUUCCUAUUGAUCUGAUAGGAGAGGCUUUUACGAGUAGUCAGUUGGCUUACUUAGCCAUGUUAGGCUAGAACAUGUGCCAGUGUAGCUCUAGGCCAUGUUAACAGUAUUCUUUUUCAGAAGAAAGUUAAACUAGAACUGUCAUCUGUGUGUUUCAUUUCUUUAGUUAUGUUUUAGCAUGCACAUUUGCCUUAACAGCGUUUUGAUCUGCUGGCUCAGCAGGAGUGCAGAGUUUAGUAAUUUAUUUUUGCUUCACUUUUCCAGUUUUUCAGAGAGCACCCUUUUCUUGCACAUCUUUAGACUUUUUGUUUUAAUCUGGGCAAACGCCAAUACUUUCCAGGUUUACACGUGGUCAGAUUUCUUUCUGAUUAGCUUUUUUUGUUAACAUAACCACAUGUAUGUAUAAAUACACACAUGUGCACACAUCAUACCUUAAUAUUGUAUGAUAUGAAUGUGAAAUGAAGAUGAAGAAACAUAAACAAAUUUUCCAGCAUGAGCAUUAAGAGCAACCAUCAGUUUGUGUGAAAAAAAGUUAUAACCGCACUUGUGCUUUUGCCAGAUUUGCAGCGUUUUUUGGUACAAUUCCAAAUAAAUCUGUGUGGGACAGUUUUUGUGAAAACUCCAAUGACGGGCAGCUGUAAAUGUACUUUUAUUAUUGCAUACAUGUAUGUUUUUAUCUCAACGUUGUAGCCAUUUUCAAAAAAUGUUUACUGUGGUGCUCUGUGUUUUUGACCUGAUUCACGGGAGCUUGCACAAGGGUGCUCCCUGCAUCUGUGAUUAUUCUUUUGUUAAUUAUCACUGAUUUAAACAUCAAAAUGGGGUAAAGUCAAUCAACUGAAACUAUAGUGCCUUGCACCACUCCACCCAUCUAAUAUUUGACUUUUUUAUAUGUAUUGGGAAUGUUGAAUAUUUUUACCAGUGUUACUUAUUAAUAUACAUUUAAACGUUAUAGAUUAUACAUUAUGCCAUUAUCUUAAAUUAGCUAAGAUGAGAAAAUGUAUUUGUCUCCAACGUGCUAACUGCAUAAACUAUUACAAUACAGGCAAAAAAACCAUCCUGGUGUCAUUGUGGCAAGUGCUCAUCACAGUAACACAACUGGUGCACUUUAUUACAGUUGGUGUUCAUUUAAACCAUUUGGUGGCCUCCCAGUUAAAGCAGGGUGUCACUUAAAAGCUAAUUGAUGUUUAUAUUGGCCUAAAUGACUGUUCAGUAAAUGUUUGGAAGCUAAAGUGGUACUUUUCAUUAUGUUUUGAUUGAUUUUUCUUGGAAAUAAUGGGAGUGUUUAAAGAUAUUGUGUUAUAAAGCCAUUGCUUCCUCCACUGUUUAUCCAGUUGUGGAUUAUACAAAGCAGCACUCACAACUGUGAUCAAACUUUACUUUGUGUUGCUGAGAUCUUGAUGGCCAGUCUGUUAUGGGACUACAAAGCUGAUGCCCUGACAGUGUGACAUUUUGUACACUUCCUCUUCCUACUCCUCCUGUACAGUUUCUGCAUUAAAUUGUGUGGUUCACUUAAACUUUACUGUAGCUUGUUUAAAGUAAAUAAAACAACAAAAUUAUAAAA